GGUGCGUGUGAACGCAUGUAUUGAAAUUGUCUUAUCAGAGCAUCUUCAACCAUUAUGUAACAUUAUAACAAAUAUAUAGUGUCAUCCCAAAAACCCAUCAUAUUCCGGCAAUUGAAGUUAAAAGUAUGACCAUUAUCACCAAAUCAAACGGGCGGCUGGGUUCCCUCCACUCCAUUUUCGACUGUAUCAACCAAAUACGAUUCACCGUUUCCAGCAAUCAAAUAUAUUUUCAUCGAUGAAGAACUCAAAAGCCGAAAGCUCACAUUCAGAAUACGUCGCCGAACGCCGAAAAUGAUGACCAGAAGCCCAACAAAUUUCACCAGCAUUUCCAAAACAGAAAAGACGGCCCUUAUCGAACCCACCAAGAAUUCAAUGACAAUGUCAGAAUCCGGUGGCAAUGGCUCUUCUUCAUCGGCUAGAACCUUAAAAAAUUCGAAGCCAAAGAUAGGUAGACCGUGUAACUCCUCCUCCGGCUGCCGUCCAGCUUGGAGCAUGAGUCCACUGAUGGAAGUGUUGCCGGAAUCUCCAUCACCCAUCUGCAGCAGUUGCUCCAGUCUUCUAAGCUCCGCAUCAUGCUCUCCUCAAUCACAGAGAUUCGUCUUCUCUCAACUACCCCCUGAGUUCUCCGCUUCAAGAAACCAGAGCCUUUGCACUCUACCGAAUCGUAGCAAGCAAUCUACUCCCCACAUUCAAGUAAAUGAUUGGAUGGAGCAUGCCCAACAACAACUUGGCCAUUUGCAGAACUAUCCUCAAGAUUGCGGCUUCAAAUGCUACCUGGGCUCGUCAUCAACUUGUGAGAAUGAAUUUGUUGGCCUGCCAAUACCUACAGAGAAAGAAGAGUGUGGUUCAGUUCGUGACUACAGCCAUCAAGGUUGCGCUCAGAGUAUGAAUGAACCUUCAGAAGCAGGAAGUGCAGAUGCUCAACAAUCUAAACUGAUGACUCGGCCCAAGCCUUACCAUGCAUUCCUGGAUGAAGUUAAGAAGAAAGAGCUUGAGGCUGAGAUAGAUUCGUGGAGAAAAGCUAAACAAAUGGAACUAAUGGACAAGUUAACAAGAAAAGAAGCUGCUAUAAAUGAAUGGGAAUUGAAGCAGGCCUCUAAGGUCAUGGAGGAGAUGAAGAAACUAGAGAUCAAACUAGAGAAGAGACGUGCCAAAAUGUCGGAGAAGACGCAGAAAAAAAUAAGCAAAGCCAAAGCAGAAGCAAAUAAGAAGAUAGCCAAAGCAAGACGAGCUACAAACGACAAGAUAUCAGAAGUUUCAAAAGUUUCUUCGAGGGCGCGAACCACAAGAAAUUUAACAUGGAUCAAACUGCUACGCUUCUUCUAAUCUCUGCGCAUUGUACCAAUGCGCCCCAUCAUAUCGAUUACGUUUCAUUUUUUAUUUUUAGGUCAACAAAUUGAAAACGUUUCUGACCAAUCAAAAGAAAGCGAACCUCUUUUACACAUAACACCAUUGCGUCUGAUAGCUAUCUUUAUUAAU